ACAGCCUUCUGUAGAGUGUCAGUGCGCAGCGGACACCAUCAUGAAGACAAACUAAGCUGGGGGCGCUGGCCACUCUUCCCUCCACACCCAGCGCUGUGCUGCGUGCUGGACCUGAACAGCUGCAGGGUCCAGCAGGGCUGCUCCUCCUGUCCUCGCCCUGCCACUUAUGGUCUGCUGAGAAAGAAAGAAACAAGAUCAGGAUGAUAUAUUUUUAAACUUUUUUUUUUAAAUUUUUUAGCAAGAUAAAUUUCUAAGUUAGACACCUCCUGAUCUGUGACAAAGACGAUUCGGAUUUGUUUUAAGGAUUGUUAAGUAUUCUCCUUUCCUGAAUUUUUCUCCACCUUGAGAGAAAGUAGAACCAGCGCGUGUUGUUGUGGACUCUUUAAACAGGAAAACCAAAACAGCCGAGAUCACAACCAUGCCAGAAGGAACGAUCGAACGUCCGCUCUCGCCCUCUCUCCCCAGGGACUGCGGACACGAGUGCAGAGUGUGUAAGGUGAAAGUUGGAAGCCUGACUGAAUAUGCCAGCCACAUCUCCAGCCCCACGCACAAACAGAAUGUGGAGACUGCUGAUAAACAUCAAGCUUGGCACAACCACGACGAAGACUACUUUGACCAGUCCUUGGUGGACCUGGUAGAAAAGAGAAACGAACAGAUAAGAAAAGAAAAGGAAGCGUUGGCUGCAAAGCUAGCAAAAGAAGAAGAAGAACAAAAGAAGAAAGAGAAGUUUGAGCAAAGACUAAAGGAAGUUAAGGAGCGGUACCAGCUAAAAAAUGUGUUGCAGCCACCUUUGCAGGGUUCAAGUCAGCACAGGUCUUGGCACAGGAGCAAUUAUUAUAAUGUCAGCGCAGAAGAGGCAAGACCUUGGAACCAUAACAACAAAGAGGGGAAGAGUGCCACUUGGCAUGCUCAGGAGCCUCCCAACUUCCAGAAAUGGGCAUCCAAUGAGUUUCUGGGUAGAAGAAAUGAAAGCCAAAUAGGGCGAAGUAACAAGACUUGGGGCUAUGGUGCAUAUGAUGGCAAUCAGCAAAGUCGACUGCCUUGGCUCAGCAGUGAAGGAAGUAGUUAUGGACUAUAUGGCCAAAACAAUAUUUCCCGGUAUGCUCAAAAGGCCCAGCACAAGGGUUUCCUAGGACCUCAUUUAUUUCAGACUCCGUCCGGUUCUUAUUCCCAGGCUUUUAACCAGUUUCAAGGUACAGGGAACAACAAAGGUAGUCUGCAGGAAGCAGGGCUUCAAAGUGAGGUGACGGAAACAGACCUCAAUAGUAGUAAGAAGACUUUUGGUAGCAAUACAAAGCUAGACAAAAGCUGUCGUUGGACACCCUAUUCAGUCACUCCUGGAAUGCAUAGUGAUACUCAUCCAAAUACAUCUGAGAAGCAUCACAAAGCUCCUAAACCCCAAAAGCACGAAGUCAUUGGCUCUAACAGGAACUCCCAACCUGGGAAUGAACAAGGGCGCUUCAUCUCAAGUAGACUUAGUGAGGAAGACAAAGUGAGGCAUCAAACAAUGACAAAAUCUAAUCUCAGUCAUAGAAGUGAUAACAGCACUAAAGGAAACAGUUCUCAGAUAGGUGGGAGCCUAAACUCUACAUCUGUCCCCUCCAGUCAAAAGGCAAACAAGAAAUGGUUUAAUUCUUCUUUGUCUGGUGCCAGAAGUGGAACUCAGCACAACAAGGCUUGCAGUGAAGAUCUACCACUGGCAAAAUCAACUGGAAAUCAACGUGGACCCAAAGAAUCUGUUCGGUCCCUUCAGUCAAAGCAGGAAAGGCACCUACCAGGAUCACCCAACAUAUCCAGACAGAUUGUUUCGGAACAGAGGGACUCUUUGAGUAGCUCAGUUUACAACAGGGGGAAAGUGACACUUCCCAAGGAGGAGCAGCAAAGGGAACAGGGGCACAAUCAAACUGAAGCAAACAAAGAAAAAAGCUGUUGUCACAAUUCAGCUAAACCACCAUCACCUGUUACACACAGGACAGAAAAGUCUGCACUGCAAAUCAUCACCUCUACCACAGAGAGCUCAGAGGCUGCAGAAUCUGUUGGAAACCACCAAGAAGAAAGUAAGAAAGAGGAGAAACAACCCUCGGUGGUUCCACAUGAGGCCAUGCAGGUCACAGAGGCAGGGCACAGCUCAGAGAGCGACACCUCCAACACAGUGUCUGGGACAAACAUUUUAACUUUAUCCAAACUUGACCUUCCCACUGUCUUAAAACGUGAUCUCACUAAACACAUCAGCUCCAAGAGCAAAACAGCCACCCACGAGCCAAACCUCAACAUUGCCAGACGGGUACGCAAUCUAAGCGAGUCACGCAGAAGUGACACGGAAAAGGACUUUGGUCUCAAACCAACUGUACGGCAGCUCAUCAGUUCAUCUGGCUCGGGCCGCAACGUGAACUGGGAUCAGGUGUACCAGGAAGUUAAAAAGAAGCAAGACAAGGGAAAAGGCAUGCCGAGGUUUGGUAUAGAGAUGGUGCCAUGUGAGCAGGAGAGCCAGAGCCAAGAGGAGGAUGAAAUACCCCUUCUAGAAGGUUUUCAAUGGGAGUCUUUGAUGGACGUCUCUGCCCAGGGCACCUCCCGAAAGCGCUCCUUGUCUGAGAGCAGCUUCGCACCAGCAUUGACUCAUCCCCCGUUUGCAUCUUUGACUGCAGAGGAGACAGCGCAGAGAGAACCUCUCAGUUCAGAGCAGCUGAGGACUUCAGAUUCUCCCAGUUCCUUAUCUGCCCCAGACAAAAAAGACCAUCAGUGUCAACCAGAGAGCAAAGUGCAGAAGCAUCCAGAGAAACUAACGUCUACAGCCAUGAAAGUUCUCCAGAGGUCUGAUUCAGCGCUUGGCGACAGCAGCUCAGAAACGGAGCAGAACGAUGGUCAGGGAACAGGAAAGAGGAGAAGGGCAGCCAAGGAUGUUCCCAACACAGAGACAUCUUGUCUGGAACACAACAGUAAAAGAAGAAAACUAAAAUCCAAAAGAGAGCGUUUACAAAUCGACCAGCUGCUUACAGUGUCACUGAAGGAGGAGGAGCUGAAUCGGUCCUUGCAGAAUGUUGACACGAGCUUGAUCCAGGCCCGGGCGGCGCUGGACGUUGCCUACAUGAAGGUGCAGCGACUUAUGGUGCUUAAACAGCAGAUUACUGUUGAGAUGGGCACACUGAGAAACCAGCGAAUUGAGUUACUUAAAGGAAUUCAAGGUACAAGUAUGGAAGCACCUCAGGUCAAGCUAAAAGAAGAAAAGAUGGAUUCAUGGGAAACUGAGCCAUCAGUCAUGCCCUCCUCUGGUUUGGACACUGUUAUUUCCAGUCCUCAUCAUGGCACAGAAAGCGGCUCCCUUCCCUUCUCCAGCCUUCCGUUGUCUGUAGUUAUCAAGGAGGAGCCCCAGUCCCCAAUCCAUGUCAGCUCAGAGCAGGGCACUUUCAACUUUAUGACCCUCUGUGCUCAUAGUACAACUCCAGAGCUGCCCGUCGCUCCAGCUUCUUCAGAUCCUGCCUGUAACCUUCAGCCCUCUCCUGCAGUAAAACUUGAGCCUUCACAAGCUAACUGUGUGGAACCAGCAGAGUGCAAAGAUAAAUUUCCUGCAAAGGUUGAAAUGACAGAAACGUCUAUUGAAGCCCUGAGGAACUGCAGCAGCUCACUACCAGAUGCCAAAGGCUUCGUGAAGCCUUUCAGCAGGAAAGCUUCUGAGGUUGGGAGCAUUGUUGACUGUGCGGACAACCAGUCAGUGUCCUCCCCCACAGUCUUUAAUACGCUCGCCGCGCCUUUAGAAAUGAGAAACGAGAAGCGAGUGAGGAAGCUGAAGAAGAGGAAGGUGUUGAAAAAGGCUCAAGGGACAGAGCAGCCUGAGAGUAGUGACUCUGAGAUGGUGGAAGAAACCGCAAAGCCAAGAUGGCUGCGACAGCGCAGGAGACCUAGUGGGGGCUCUCAGGUCAGUACCUCCAGUCAGCCCACAGACGACAGAGAGAUGAACAUGAAUACAGAUGACAACAAGAAGAUGCUCAGUUUACCACUUAAAGCCAUGAAUGUGAAGGAGGACCAAAAAUCUCCUGAAAAGAUAACUGAGCUUCAAGCCCCCAUGACUGACCCUGCGGCGAACGCUGAUUUAAAGGAAAGUAUGGAGGUCACAGCAUGUCAGCAGCAUCAGAUGGAUGGCCUGCUUCCACCUCCCCCUUCAGGGCUCAUCCCAGACUCCUGUAGACCUGGACCACAGAGCCUGGCCUGCAACGAGGUCUCCUCCACCAGUGACAUGGAUCUGUGUAAAUCUGAGAGUGAUUUACCAUUUUCCAUCACGUUGCCCAAGAAUUCAUCAGAUGCCUUUUCUGAUCACGCUGGGGAUGAGAUUCUGACCGAAGGAGUGUUUGAAGGCCACCAGGAGGCGGUGAACGCCAUCCAGAUCCACAACGGGCUGCUGUACACCUGCUCCGGAGAUCAAACCAUCAAAGCUUUUGACCUGGUGAGUCAUAAAUGUGUGGGUGUGUUUGAGGGUCACAACUCCAAAGUGACCUGUUUACUGGUGUCAGCAGCUCCUUGCCUGCAUUAUCGCCUUUAUUCUGGUUCCAGUGACCAGACCAUCCGCUGCUACAAUCUCAAGACACAAGAAUUUGAGCAACACUUCUCUUUGACCGACCGAGUCCUCUGCCUUCACAGCCGCUGGAAGACCUUAUACGCUGGUCUGGCCAACGGCACCGUGGUGUCGUUCAACCUCAGGACCAACAAGCAGAUGGAUGUGUUUGAGUGCCACGGCCCACGUGGUGUGAGCUGCCUGGCCUCGUCACAGGAGGGAGCCCGGAGGAUCCUGCUGGUCGGCUCUUAUGACAACACGAUCAGCGUGAGAGCAGCCAAGAACGGGCUGCUGCUGCGCACGCUGGAGGGCCACACCAAGAGCGUUCUCUGCAUGACGGUGGUCAAUGAUCUUGUGUUCAGUGGAUCGAGUGAUCAUUCCGUCUUUGCCCACAACAUCCAUACGGGGCAGCUAAUGCAUGUUUAUAAGGGCCACAGCCAUGCCGUUACCGUGGUGACCGUCCUGGGGAAAGUGAUGGUGACCGCCUGUCUGGACAAACUGGUCCGAGUCUAUGACCUACAGUCUCAGAAGCUGCUGCAGGUGCACGGUGGACACAAAGACAUGGUGUUGUGUAUGACCGUCUUCAAGAACAUGAUCUACACAGGAUGUUAUGAUGGGAGCGUUCGAGCCGUCAGGCUGAACCUGAUGCAGAACCACCGCUGCUGGUGGCACGGCUGCUCGCUGGUCUUUGGGAUGGUGGAGCAUCUGCAGCAACACCUGAUCGAGCACCACGCUAGUGCCAGCCUCCAGCCGCUCAAGUGCCGCUGGAAAAACUGCGAAGAGUUUUUCUGUGUGCGCAACAGCCCCAAACAGAUGCUGCACCUGCAGAAACACACUGAGGAGCUGACUGAAGUGGAGCCUUAGGUGGUGGGAACGUAGUUUCACCCUGAGCCCCUCUGCCUUCUCUUAAUCUCUCUCCCCCCAUAUUGGGGGGCAUUUUCUCGGGACCCUCCUAGCUCAACAGCGCUCCCCCGGAGCCUGACGAGUGGAGUUUGAUGACUUCAUCUUUUUAUAUUUGGUGUUGGAAUCCAACCAUGAUUCAGCGACGAAGGGAGAGUUGUUUUAUUGUUUUUAUAAACACACUUAAAAACACUUCCUGUCCUUUUGUCCGUCUACUGCAUUUCCUCUUUCACUGACCAAAGCGAGACAAAGAAACACGACUUGUUUGUUGAAGAAACUUCAGCGUUGCCAGCAUGAGAGGCCCGUCGCUCCUUUCUGUUGAAACCCAACCCAGCAGUUAGCUUGUAGACGCUCCGCAGUAUGGUAUGGUUGAGAUGCUUUUAUAGUUGUGCAUUUGUGAUGUUGAGCAAUGUGUAGUUAUUUCUCUUUUAUUUAGAUUUUUUUUUUUUCACGACCAGGGUGAGUUAUGUUGUGGAAAGUCCACUUUGUGAUUUGUUUUGAAGGAAAAAGGUUUAGAUUCUAUUUUAGAAGACACAUUCUCUCUUUUUGUUUAAUCCAGGUUUCUGUGUAUUUGUUUGCUGCUCGCUCAGGUGUGAGAGGAACGUUUGACUCGGUUUGGGUUGCUUUUUGAAAUUUAUGGAGGUUUUUCGUGUUUUAAUUUGUGGAUUUACUCCCUAAAGUUGUUGACAGGAUGUCGUUCUUCCAAGAGCGAGUGUGAGAUGGUGUUUUUAACCUUUAUUUUAUUUUUCCUGUGUGGAGUUUAUUUAGUCAAGCAGAAGGCAACAGAGCUUUAUUUCCAACAGUGAUAGUUUUCUCUGUGUGGAGUUGACGGAUGUUUAUAGGAGGUGUUUGAUGGAAGAUAUUACAGGAAAGGAUUGUUUCAUUUCCCAUGCCAUACUUUCUCAUGCUCCAUCAUAACAUAAAUCCUCUUUUUAUGGCAAACUCGACCUGUUUUAACUACAUUCAAACACAGCUGACAUCUUAAGCAGGCUUUGUUGCAUCCUGCUUUGAGGUUCUGAUCCGAUCGUUAUGCUCUCACAGGCAGUGUCUUUUUAACUUUUUUCACGAGUUUGCAGUUCACCUCUUCCCUGGCAUUCCUGAGUUUCUUCAAAAAUUUCAUUCUUAUCAUCGUUGUGACGUUUCUUUUUUAAUAAUCUUAAAAGUUGUUAAUAAAACGGUGUGCAACUUGGGAAAA